UUACAGGGUUGGAAUUGUGGCGCCAGCUGACUCGACGUCAUUGCCGAUUCCCGUCUUUCCACUCAAAUCAUCUCUAAUACUUUUGUACACACUUCAUUCUACAUUAAUCUUCUCGUGUCUUCGUAUUGGCACGGAAAAGGUCGAAUUUUCCCGACAAAUAAUACAAACAUUGAAUGCUACACCAUAUUUGUAUAUAUAUGUAUAGCUGUAUGCAGAUCAGUUCGUGAUUUCUAGCCUCAGCUAGACCAUCUUCAUUUCUUGUUACCGUUGCUAUUGGACUGCAUAAUGGUCAUCAGUACUCAACGUCAAGAUAGUGAGUAUGGCAGCUGAAACUCCCAAACCUCGGGUGUCUUUCCUGAAUGGCAGACAUCGUCACAACUAUGGAUUUCCACCAGAAGCUUUCGAUUAUACAAGGUUACCCGACGUCGAUCGAGAUUUCCUCCCCCCCGAACACCUUGCCGCUUUCGCCUCCGCCCUAAACGCUCCCGAUCCAAUACCCAAUGUCGCCGACGAUUCCUCCUCUUUACGAAGCCCCGGUGCUAUGAGCACGGGAAGCCUUGAGCUGACUCGAUCCGCCUCCGUGGCGUCGGCAGACGUUCCAAGCUACCCCGAAGGUGCUACGCAAAGCGGUCCUCAGGGGGGUAUGUUCAUCACGGCGCAGAACGAUUGGGCGCCAGUGAAUCAGAAGAUAUCUAAGCAUGUCCGGAGAAAGAGAAGGAAGAAGACGGCGUUGGGCCGGCGCACAGUAGAUGAGACACGUGAGGGGCAUCUAUAUGGUCUACUAAAAUGGCCCUUUCUCUUCUUUGUUGGAAUGUGGAUCAUCGGAUUAGGGGCAUCAUAUCUACUUACAAGGUUAUACAUCUUCUUGUAUGAGCACUUCAUCGCCUGGAGAGGGGCUAGAGAGAGGCUACGUCGAAAUAUGCGAGCUACAAGCAGCUAUCGUGACUGGGUCAGGGCGGCGAAGGAGAUGGAUUCCUUCCUAGGAAACCAACAAUGGAAAGAAGAGAACGAGUACGCAUACUAUGACUCCAAGACGGUUCGCCGCGUUUGGGAACAGCUUCGCAAGCAUAGGAAGGCUGCUGAGGAGGCAGAAUCAAAGUACUCGAAUGCGCCUGGGUACGAACGUGGAAACAUAUCCGGCGAAGAUGCAGACAACAAGGUGGUCGAAGAACUGAAAGCUCUAACAGAAGCUUGCGUGAAAAACAACUUCGUGGGGGUCGAGAAUCCACGACUCUAUAGUCAGACGUAUUAUGGAACUAAGAAUCUAGUCCAGAACUUCGUAGAUGAAGUGGAGAGAAGCACUCGCUUCUUGACAAAUACCAAACAGCUAUCCCUUGACGAGAAGCGCGGAUUAUUUAAACGAAUGCAUGCCAAUUAUGGGCGCACCGCCCUCUGCCUAUCCGGAGGUGCAGCUUUCGCGUACUACCAUUUCGGGGUCGUGAAGGCGCUGCUCGAAGCGGAUCUCGUACCAGAUGUCAUCACAGGCACGAGCGGCGGUGCUUUGGUGGCAUCCCUCGUGGCUACGCGGACCAACGACGAAUUGAGGCAGCUGCUAAUACCUGCCUUGUCAUGUAAACUCACGGCCUGUUCCGAGCCAAUCACCACCUGGUUCCCCAGAUGGUGGAAGACCGGUGCGAGAUUCGACUCCGUUGAUUGGGCUCGACAAAGUAGUUGGUGGAGUAGGGGCUCCAUGACAUUUAGGGAGGCUUACCAACGGACCGGACGCAUUCUGAACGUUUCCUGCGUUCCGGCCGAUCCCCAUUCGCCGACGAUUCUUUGCAACUAUCUCACAUCCCCUGACUGUGUGAUCUGGUCCGCCGUUUUGGCAUCCGCUGCGGUUCCUGGGAUCCAGAAUCCGGUCGUUUUGAUGAUGAAGACUCGAGACGGAUCCCUCGUUCCGUACUCGUUUGGCCAUAAGUGGAAAGACGGCAGCUUGCGAACUGAUAUACCUAUCAAGGCACUCAAUCUGCACUUCAACGUCAAUUUUACCAUAGUGAGCCAGGUUAACCCUCACAUCUCCUUAUUCUUCUUCUCGUCCAGGGGAUCGGUAGGCUCCCCGGUAACACACCGGAAGGGUCGCGGCUGGCGAGGCGGAUAUCUCGGCUCCGCAACGGAGCAGUACAUUAAACUCGAUUUAACAAAGUGGCUAAAGGUGCUCAAGCACCUAGAGCUAUUACCCAGGCCGCUUGGCCAGGAUUGGUCUCAGCUAUGGCUACAGCAGUUCAGCGGGACUAUCACCAUUUGGCCCCAGGCGUCGCCAAGUGACUUUAUAAACAUCCUAUCGGACCCGGACUCGGACCGUCUUGCGCGCAUGCUCCACGAAGGCCAGCAAAGCGCAUUUCCCCGGCUCAAGUUCAUCGAGAACAGGCUCCGGACCGAACGACUCAUCGAGGAGGGCCGUCGGGCGACGCUAUCUACAGGGCAAAGAAGAGGCAGCAUCGAAAGUAUCAUCGAUGAAGAUGGACUGAGGAAUCUGUUGCGCUCGAGUAGUGGCACUGGGACAACGGACGAAGAAAGCACGGAGGCCGAUGAUGGGGAUGGAGAUGCCGAGACUUAUAGUGAUAGGUAUGGCGACGAGGAGGUGAUUGAGGAUGGGGAUGCAGAAGGGGCUGUUGAGGAGGGGGGGCAUUCGAAGCAAGAUUAAAAUACAAUGCUUGUGUGCAUUAGAGCAGGAGGAGAGGAGGCAUAGCAGACAAGCGCGUUUGAUAUUUGUUCCUACUUAGUUAUAUACGGCAUGCAUGGGAAAGGGGGGUACGGGGAGUCCAGCUGGAGAGAUGGUCAUUUGUUUUGCACUUUCAAGAAAAUUCAAAAGUAUAGCAUUAGUAGGUAAUCAUUCAAGGUUUUUGGAAUUCCAUGGUCGGUGUGUUCUGUUGUGCAAAGAUGGGCUAGGUAGGUACAUAGUAGGUAAGUAUCUAAGAUAUGUAGAUUUACAACAGAAUGGACGUGUUAAGUGUGUAGAUAUGUAAGUAUAUAGGUACCAUAUAUAGGUAUAUAUAUAUAAGCACCUAUCCGUACCUA